AUGAUACUGUGGAGUAUAUUCUUGCUUCAUUCGCUGCUGUCCUCUCUGAAAGGAUCUUAUUGCAAGAUUUCUCUUUUGAGAAGAACUUCAAGAAAUGAGUUUAAUGCAAGCCGACAGAAAAGAGAUCUUGUAACAGCCAAGAUUCAAACUGCCUCUUCUCAGUCACACCUUCAUGGGACCUUGACACGGAGGCUGCCAGGAGGUCUGUGUCCUCAGGAGUGCCUGAAUGGGGCAUCCUGCACAGAGGCAGGUGGCUGUGACUGCCAGUUAUUUCAGGCCCAAGGAAGCAGGUGCCAAAUUGUACCUAACACUGGUAAGGACCGAGAUGGGAUUUGCAAAUCAUGGGGGCAGUACCAUUUUGAAACAUUUGAUGGCAUCUACUACUACUUCCCAGGAAACUGCUCUUAUAUUUUUGCAAAAGACUGCAGUACUCCAGAACCCCAGUACACUGUUUGGGUUCAUAACAGUCCUCACUGUUAUGGUUCAGUGUAUACUUGUCAGAGGUCUGUGAGCUUAUUUUUUGCAAGCCAAGAGGAAAUAAUUAUUUCAGGACAUGAAGUAAGAAAAAAUGGAAUCAGGUUAUUGUUGCCUCAGACAGUUGGAAAUGCUUUCCUUGAGAGACUGGCUGACUAUAUUCUGGUGAAGACUACCUUUGGUUUUUCUCUUGCUUGGGAUGGAAACUCUGGUAUUUAUAUUAAGCUGACAGAAGAUCAUAAAGGGAAACCUUGUGGCCUGUGUGGAAAUUUUAAUGGCAAUAAAUAUGAUGACCUAAUACUGCAAAAUAAUGAAUAUACAGAAGAUAUUGCAGAAUUUGCAAAUAGCUGGGCUGUGCAAACCUCAGAUGAUGAACCUUGUGUACCUACUGCCUCAAAUUUUUCCAGUCCCUGCUCAGCUGAACCAGAAUCUGCUGAGGACAUAUUCUUCAAGUGCCAAAUACUCCUACAGUUUCCUUUCCUCAGCUGUCAUGAAAGCAUAGAUCCAUAUUCUUAUAUUUCUAGCUGUAUGAAUGAUCUUUGCAGAGUGGAUGAUGAUGAAACAUACUGCAGGGCAGUGACAGAAUAUGCCAGAGCAUGCUCUCACGCUGGGUCCCCUGUGCGGGACUGGAGGGAUGACUUUCCUGCCUGUACUGAGAAGUGUGACGACAGCUUUGUACACCGGGACUGCAUCAGCUGCUGCCCACCAACCUGCACAUUUGAAAAGGAUUGUCUUGGCAGCAACCUGCACUGCUUAGAUGGCUGUUACUGUCCAGAUGGUCUAAUUAUGGAAAAUGGAACUUGUAUCUCUCUGUCAAAUUGUCCUUGUGGUUAUCAUGGAACUGCAUUCCCUGUAGGCUCAAAAAUUGAACAAGAAUGUAGCAACUGUAUUUGUACUGGUGGCAUUUGGAACUGCACUGACCACGAUUGCCCAGCUGAGUGCUCCAUCACAAGUAGCUCUCAUUUCACAACAUUUGAUGGACGUCAUUUUACUUUUCUUGGGAUUUGCCAGUACAUUUUGGUAAAAGGCACUGGGAAAAACAAAUUCACAAUCACUUUACAGAAAGCACCUUGUGGGCACAAUUUUGACCACGCCUGCAUUGAGUCUAUAACACUAGUUCUUGAAGAUGAUAUAAGCAAACAAGUAACUCUCACAAGAUAUGGACAGCUCCAAACUGGCUCUAACCAAAUUUUUAACCUUAAUGGGGCUAUUGAAAUUCAGAAUAUAUCUUCUCUCUUUGUUCAACUGAAAACUAGUUUUGGUUUGAAGAUACUGUUUGCUAAAGAUGGAGAGAGGAUUUACGUGCAAGUUGAUGUUGGCUGGAAGAGAAGAACAUUAGGACUAUGUGGAACAUACAAUGGGAAUUUAAGAGAUGAUUUCCUUUCUCCAGCAGGGAUGAUAGAAGGGACUCCCCAACUUCAUGCUAAUGCAUGGAAGGUUUCCUCAGCUUGUUCUGUGCCUAUCAAUAUUCCUGUGGUUGAUCCCUGCAACGUUAAUCAGCAAAAUGUUGGGUAUGCAUCUCACUGUGAUAUCAUCAAUCAAGAUGUUUUUGCUCCCUGCCAUGCCUACAUCAGCCCGGGAUUGUACCACCAGCUGUGCCGCUUCGAUGCCUGCAAAUGUGGAAGCGGCUGCUUGUGCAACGCCCUGGCACACUACGCUUACGUCUGUGGCAAGCAUGGGGUCCUUGUUGACUUCAGAUCCCGUGUUCCUUACUGUGCUGUGAUGUGUCACAGUGGUAUGCUUUAUCAUCAGUGCUCUUCUUUUUGUAAACACUCCUGUGCUUCACUUUCUAUGGCAAAUAUCUGUGGUGAUGACUGUGUAGAAGGAUGUAAUUGCCCUGAUGGGAAAUAUUUUGAAGAGUCGGUCAACUUUUGUGUAUCAAUAUCUGCCUGUCAUUGUCAUUACAAGGGCAAAGCCCUCCAUCCUGGAGAAAUCCUCCCUACACCAACAGGGACCUGUCAGUGUUUGAAUGGAACAGUGAAAUGUAUUGAAACCACUACAGAAAAUACAGUUCACAUAUGCCCUGAAGGAAAAAUCUACUAUGACUGCAGAUCUCCUGUGCCUGGAUUACCAGCAGCGGGUGCAAACUGUGGGAUCUCUUGUGCCAACCUUGCCAUGAACUUCUCCUGUGUCCCUUCACCACCCUGUGCAAGUGGCUGCAUUUGCCCUCCUGGGCUGGCUGAGCAUAGAGGGAAAUGUUACAUUCCUGACAGUUGUCCGUGCACCUGGAAAGACAGAGAAUUUCUGUCAGGAGAAGUGAUAGCUACACCAUGUUACACCUGUGUUUGUCGAAGAGGGAUAUUCAAUUGUACCAGUUACCCCUGUCCUGCUGUCUGCACUAUUUAUGGGGAUCGGCAUUAUUACACCUUUGAUGGACUGGAGUAUGAUUAUGUCAGUGACUGCCAAGCUUACCUGCUCAAGAGCACAGAUUACUCAAAUAUAUCUAUAAUUGCUCAGAACAAGAAGUGCUUUGACAAUGAUAUUGUUUGCUCGAAGAAUGUUUUCAUCACUGUUGGAGACACUGAGAUUAAUUUUAGUGAACUUUCUGAGAAGCAGAAGCAGACUUUAAGGGCACAGGAAAACAAAUCUAACUAUCAGCUUUGGAAGGCUGGAUAUUAUACUGUGAUACACUUUCCAGAACAAGACAUUACAGUUCUGUGGGAUAAGAAGACAAUGAUGCAUGUUAAAGUUGGACCUCGAUGGAAGGGUAAAUUGGCAGGUUUGUGUGGAAAUUUUGACAAAUAUACUUCAAAUGAUCUGACUACAUCAAACAACAUGGAAGUGAGGAAUGCCCAGGUGUUUGGAGACAGCUGGGUAUUAGGACAGUGCAAGAGCCCAAAUGAAACACUAAGACCAUGUGAGGUACAUCAGAGCAAGUUCCCCUAUGCCAAAAAGGAAUGCUCCAUUUUAUACAGUGACAUUUUCGCACCUUGUCGCAAUGUGAUCGAUGUGACCUCUUUUGUCAAGAACUGUCACACGGAUACAUGCAACUGCAAUCUGGGUGGGGACUGUGAGUGCUUGUGUACCAGUAUUGCAGCUUAUGCCCACAAAUGCUGCCAGCAAGGAGCAGUGAUUCACUGGCGAUCCCCUUCCCUCUGUGCUUAUGACUGUGAAUAUUACAAUCGAGGUCUUGGUGAAGGACCCUAUAUUUUGGCAAGUUCUGGAGAGAAUGGCACAAUUAUAGGAGCUAAUGUAUCCAGUAGAAAGAUAUUCCCCCUGCCAAGAACUGGAGCAUGUGGAAAUGUAUUUUUCAGUUUCAUGAUAACUCCAGGUCUUUUCAAAGACAAAGACUUAUUGCUCUCUCUCGUUUCCCUUGAAUCUGCUGAAAGACCAAACUACUUUCUGUAUGUACAUGACAAUGACACUCUUGGGCUGGAACAGUGGCAGGCAAGUGCUUCCUUCCAGAGACGAGCCACCUUCUUCCACCACCAGGACCUUUGGAGCCCAGGGCUCAGUGCAUUCGAACUCCAUAGCAAAAAAGGCUUUUUCAUCAUUCUCACCCCAUCAGCUGUUAAACUGGCAAAGUAUGAUGAUUCAGAAGAAUUCAAACAUUUGAGUAGCUUUAGUAUUGAAGAACUCAGAGCGUCUGUGCCUUAUAGAAAGAUGUGUGAAUGGCGAUAUGAAUCCUGUGCUAAUCCUUGUGUAAAAACAUGUAGUGAUCCUGAAGGAGCAGCCUGUAAAUUCCUUCCUCCGGUUGAAGGAUGUUUGCCAUACUGUCCUAAAAACAUGAUCCUUGAUGAGGUCACACUUAAAUGUGUUUUUCCAGAAGACUGCAUACCUGUGACACCUACAGAAUCAGAUACCAUGGAAAGAUUUCUUCAGACAUCUCCUCCAUUUGUUACUUCAGGGACUGAAUCAACUCAUACCGGUGUGACAGCCAAAAUAACCAUGAAAAACACAACCUUAAGGGGAAUUAAUGUAUUGUCACAGUUCAUUACAGACUUUUCUUCAUUGGAAGCAUCUAAUGCAGCCCCCUAUUCAACAUUUUCCAUACCAAGUAGAGUGGAGCCUUCUGACGUACUUCACAGCACAGCCAGCCCUACAGUCCUUUCCAAAUUCAUCUCUUCAACAGGUUUUCCAACUGCUCUUCAGGCUUCAGCAGUCACAUUACAUACUGCCAGUUCUCCUACAUUACCCAUUACAAUAGCAACUCCAACAACCCUGCUCAUUGCAAGUCCUAUUCCAACAACAUUCUGCAUUAUUAACCCCCACUUCCCUAAUGGAAAGCAGAGUUCUUCUGUAAGUUCCUCAGAAGAAGAUGGAACAGUAUCAGCUCUAUCAGCUGGAAUCAUCACUCAGUCCUCUACACCAAUGAUCAUGAACACAACAGUGAGAGCACCUUAUAUUUCUGCAAAAAUACCACCUAGCUCUUCAGCCAAUUUUUUAGUUGCUUCUGGCACUCCCGUAGCCUCUAGCAUUCCUACAAAAACCACUGAUUCUUUUGUUGCCAAUUUGGAGUUUUAUAUGGCUUCAACUUCAGUUCCCACCACCAUAGAAACACCCAUGCAUGUUUCACAAAAAUCUUUAUUUACAUCUGCCGUGACACAAGCUUCACAGAGGACUAAAGAAACUCCAGAAGCUAUCAUCAUAAAAACUAGUACCAAGCCAUUAUUAUCACAGAUGAAGAGUACCUCAUCUACAGCUUCAAAAGUUAAAUACACAACCUCAUUUGAAGCAGAUGUGAAUAUUUUAGAAAGUGGUCAGUCUUCACAUGAGCAAAAUGUUACCAAGAUAAAGUCAACCACAACCAAGAAAUCUUCCCUGCCUUAUUUCACAGUAUCUACAGUUCAGAGUUUAUAUUUUUCAAGAAACGUAACCUCAGUAAAAAAUCUCUCUCUUGCAGGAGUCCUGGAUGUAACAACAUCAGAUUGGUCCAAAAUCCCAGUACAGAAACCCACUAAACCUUAUUUCAGUUUAACAGAGCCCACAGAACUUCAGACCAGAACUCAUUUAUCUCAUUCUAGCGGUGGAACAGCUCUGCCUUUCUCUUCAAAGCCUGUGGAAACACAAACUCCACAGAGAAGGACAGAAACAACAGCUAUAGCUGAUAAGGCUUCUUUUGGUACAGUGGCACAUACAGUGAUGUCUACACCUUCUGAAUGUGUGCCAAGAUACCUUGAACCUGUGGACAAAUGUAGCCAGUAUAUUUGUGUUAAUAUGAGAUGGAUGUUAUACAAUCUUUCAAAGAACUGCCCUAAAGACCUGCAGAAGCCGUACUGUGGUUUUCGAGGAAUGCCAGUGCAAGUUAACACUGAUAGUUGUUGCCCAGAAUGGGAAUGUCCCUGUCAGUGUUCUGUACUGUCUGAACUGAGCGUUAUAACUUUUGAUGGAAACAACAUAGCCCUCUGUAAUAUGGCUUCCUACAUUUUAGUCAAGUUACCAGGAGAAACUAUUGUUGCUCACAUUGAAAAAUGUCCUGCUAAUCAGAGUGCAAAUUCAAUAAGAAAACUAGUUCCCCCUGCAAGCACUUCAGGGCUCUGUUUUAAGAAAUUAAAUGUGACAGCACACACAUAUAAAUUACUUAUCAACCGUUUAGCAAGAAAAGUAGUAGUGGAUUCUGUGAUUCCAUCAUUACCCUUUUCAAAAGAAGGACUGAGUAUUCAGGAUACUGGUGCAAUGUAUGUCAUCAAUACCCCAACUGGUAUUAGCAUCAGGUGGGCCCAUGUCACAGGCAUCAUAGAUAUACAGUAUGCAUUACACUCCAACGCAUCGGUGAAGACAGAAGGGCUUUGUGGGGUGUGCAAUGGAGAUCCUACUGAUGACCUGAAAAUGCAAAACAGGACCGUAAUUACAAACAUGGAGGAAAUUGAAUUGUUCAUUAAGAGUUGGGAAAUUGAGAAAUCACUUGAUGUAACAACCAGGAGGCCAGUAAGAAACUGUACUGAAGAUAACUGCACAUAUUGUAUGGAACUGCUAAACAGAAGCAUUUUCAUCCCUUGUCACAAGAAAGUGUCACCACAGGAGUUUUGUGAGAAGAUGUGGAUCAACAGCACUUAUUUUUGGAAUUAUGAGUGUGAUGCACUUUCUGUAUAUGUGGCUUUAUGUAACAAACACAACAUCUGCAUUAAAUGGAGGACACCUGAUUACUGUUCAUUGACUUGUCCUGAGGGCAAGGAAUACCAGCCUUGUGUGAAACCUUGUGAAGCCAAGACAUGCUUGAAUAAAUGGUUCUAUGAAGAUUCUCCCUGUUCCUACUUAAGAGAAGACUGUCUGUGUAAAAAUGGCACUAUUCUGCAUAGAACAGACUCUGACCUCUGUAUACCAGAAGAAAAAUGUACAUGUACAGAUAACAAAGGACAACCCCGUUCCCCUGGGGAGAUCUGGAAUGAGUCCAGGAGAGGCUGCUGCAUGUACAGCUGUUCAGAAAAUGGAAGCAUUGUUGCUAUAGAACCUGAGUGCACUGAGGAUCCUCCAACAGUCUGUGAAAGAGAAGAGGAAGUUAUUGUCCAUGUCAUGGAAGAGGAAGCUUGCUGCCCAAGGAAAGUUUGUGAAUGUAACAUGUCAUUAUGUGACACCAUUAUUCCAACAUGCAAACCCAGUGAAAAAUUAGUGGUAGGCUACCACCCUCUUUCCUGCUGCCCACAGUACCGAUGUGAAUGUGAUCCUUCACUUUGUUUCAAUGCUUCCCAACUGGACUGCAGAGAAGAUCAAUUUAUUGUAGAAGCAAAACAGGAAGAUCCCUGUUGUUUCUCUUAUCUCUGUGUUUGUGAAUCCUGUAUUGAGCCUGUUCCUUUAUGUAAUGAUGGGGAAAUUCUCACUGUAGACCUCAGUACUGUACAUUACUGUUGUCCUCGUUACUACUGCGUUUGUGAUGAAAAUCUUUGUUCUGAACCCCCUCUGAAUUGCACAGAUGACAUGAUCCUUGUGAAGGAAAAAAUACCUGGGCAGUGUUGUCCAGAAUGGCACUGUGAAUGUAGCUGUGAAAAUGCCACCAUGUUGACCUGUAAAUUGGGAGAAGUUAAAAAAAUAGAUAAUAGUGUUUCCAGCACUUGUGGAUGCGUUCACUACUUUUGUGAGAAGGAUGAUGUGUGCAUCUUCCAAGAUGUCACAGUACUGAAUCCUGGGCAGUCAGUGAUUCAGUACUUGGAUGGAGACCUUUGUUACACUGUCCAGUGUUUACAAGAAAAAGAUAAUAACACCGGAUACCAUGCCAUGCAUUUUACAAUGGUGAACUGUUCUCAGCAAUGUGAAGCUCAUCAAAUAUAUAUCCCUUCCUCCAGUCACCAUACUUGCUGUGGUAGCUGUCAAAAUGUGUCCUGCUCUUUUCAUACUGAGAAUGGAACACUAACUGUGUAUGAGGAAGGAAGCACCUGGAGCUCCAACUGCACCAACUACAAGUGUGUAAAGACUGCUCUGGGGGCUAUCAUCCUGGAAUCAAGUGUUGUCUGCCCCCCUUUUAAUGACACUGAUUGUACAAAGAAUGGAGGAAUUGUGCAGAUGUUUAAUGAUGGCUGCUGCAAGACCUGCAAAAAAGAAGAAAGGAUUUGCCAGAAAAUGACAAUAAGGACAACCAUAAGAAAAAAUGACUGUAUAAGUCACAGUCCGAUAAAUGUGGCUUCUUGUGAUGGAAAAUGCCCAUCUGCAACAAUUUUCAAUGUCAAUAUCGACAGCCACUUGAGAUUCUGCAAAUGUUGUCGAGAAACUGGGACACGUAAUCUGACUGUGCCACUACGCUGCUCAGGAAAUGGCACUGAAAUCCUGUAUGUCAUUCAAGAGCCUAUAGACUGCUCAUGCCAAUGGAACUGA